AUGGGGUAUGGCGGUGAUCAGGAUGCUGGUAUGGGGUAUGGGAGUGAUCAGGAUGCUUGUUUGGGGGAUGUGUGGCGUUGAUCGGGAUGUGGCUAGGGGGUAUGGCGGUGAUCAGGAUGCUGGUAUGGGAUAUGGCGGUGCUCAGGAUGCAGUAGGGGGGUAUGGCGGUAAUCAGGAUGCUGGUAUGAGGUUGUAUGGCGAUGAUCAGGAUGUUGGUAUAUGGGGUAUGCCGUUGAUCAGGAUGCUGGUAGGGGGUAUUCGCGGUGAUAAGGGUGCUGGUAUGAGAUAUGGU